CCCACAGCACACGUGGGUCGGGUAGGCUCCAGAGUGGUAGGCAGCGUGCAUUAUUCAGCUGUAGAGAGCCAGCCAUGCUCCGCGCCCCCCUCCGCCUCUGUAGCUACCACUGAAGCAGCCCGAGACCCCGACUGUGGCAGACAUAGGCUGUAAGGUGGAGAGUCAUACGGUGCUAGACCAGGCUGCAAAGCCCCACUGAUCCAUUUCAGGGCUUCUCGGUACAGCGGUGCACUACAUUCCGUUAGGUACUUCGUCCCCAGAUCACUCGGGUGCAAGGGACGGCUCCAAGAAGUCAGGUGCAUAACCUUAAUCCAAGGUCCCACCCUGAAGACUCGGCAUGUUUGGAGCGAAGUUAACAGAAUGACCUACGAGCGUGCUUGCUGUCGGUCCGGUGGCAGGAGGAGACACCAUUCCACACGGGCAAUUGUGAUUUCCAGACCAGUACUGGUGGCACAAAAAAAGACGCUGGCGGACAGGAUCCCGCUGAGGGGCGGAGCGUCUGGGAGAGCAGUCACGUGGAGGAAGCGGAAGCCCAACCCCUAUCUCAUCUUCUCUCCACCUAUUGUUGAACUGGUCUGUGUUUGGGAAGACUGGACCUCCGUCUUCCUCCUACUUUGGUCGCGCUUGGUCCAAGGUGAUGGCCCCGCCUGGGGAUCCGCGACGCCUCUGCAGGCUGGUGCAGGAAGGCCGGCUGCGCGCCCUGCAGGAGGAACUGGAAAGGGCCGGAGGCUUCCAGGGGCCAGCCGGGGACACCCUUCUCCACUGUGCGGCCCGGCACGGACGCCAGGACAUCCUGGCUUAUCUAGUGGAGGCUUGGAGUAUGGACAUCGAGGCUGCUAACCGAGACUACAAGCGGCCUCUGCACGAAGCUGCCUCUAUGGGCCACCGGGACUGCGUGCGCUACCUCCUGGACCGAGGUGCAGUCGUGGACUCCUUGAAGAAGGCUGACUGGACUCCUCUGAUGAUGGCUUGUACAAGGAAGAACCUUGAAGUGAUCCAGGACCUUGUGGAAUAUGGUGCCAAUCCACUCCUAAAGAACAAGGAUGGCUGGAACAGCUUCCACAUUGCCAGUCGAGAAGGCGACCCUGUGAUCCUCCGGUACUUGCUCACUGUCUCUCCAGAUGCUUGGAAAACAGAGAGCAAAAUUAGAAGAACUCCUUUACAUACUGCAGCAAUGCAUGGCUGUUUCGAAGCAGUACAGGAGCUUCUUGAUAGGUGUCACUAUGAACCAGACUGUAGAGAUAACUGUGGAGUCACGCCCUUCAUGGAUGCAAUUCAGUGUGGCCAUGUUGACAUAGCCAAGCUGCUCCUUGAAAAACACAAGGCUUGCUCUUCAGCUGAAGACAGCCUGGGGGCCCAGGCCCUACACCGGGCAGCAGUCACCGGGCAGGAUGAAGCCAUACGAUUCCUGGUGUCCUGCCUUGGCAUCGAUAUAGAUGUGAGAGCAAAGACCCAGCUCACAGCACUUCACUACGCAGCCAAGGAAGGACAGACGAGCACAGUUCAAACUCUGUUAUCCCUGGGUGCCGACAUCAACUCUAAAGAUGAAAGAAACCGCUCAGCCCUGCAUCUGGCCUGUGCAGGGCAGCAUGUGGCUUGCACCAAGUUCCUCCUGCAGUCAGGACUGAAGGAUUCUGAAGACCUAACAGGCACCCUGGCCCAGCAACUCACAAAGUGUAUAGAUAUCCUUCGGGACUUUGACCACACCAUGAAAUCAUAAGGACAUUUGAAGAAGGAGGCAAUGAAGUUCAUGGUAAUUCACAUCGUGCUUUUUCAGUUACUGACAGAUGAGUAAGUUAUUCCUCAGCCAGUGUUUUUGUCUCCUUCUGCCUUCCUUUCUUCAUGUUCCUCUGACAGAAGACUUGCCAAGUGACCAGGACUCUGGAUUCCUGGCUUGUCAUAUGAUCCUGAACAGAGCCUUUUUUUUUUCUUUUUUAAAGUGUCCUGGGAAUUGAACUCAGAGCCUUGCACAUGCCGAGCAAGUACUGUGCCACUGAGCUACAUCGCCAGCCCCAUAGUUUGUUUUUCUAGCCUUCGAGUAGAAGGAGAUUAAAUAUGAGUCUUGGGUUUCCCUAGCAAAGAAUGUAAUGUGAAUGAAUGUAAUAUAUACCCUUCUUUAAGUGUAUGAAAAUGUAAUAAAACCAGAAAUACAAAUUGCUGUUUACACAAA